CCGAUCAAAGCAUUCUAGUGAAAAUUGUUCAACAGACAGCGAACGGCACAGACAAUACAACAAAAAUCUCACACGCACACACACACACACACAUACAGAGCAACUCCAACCGCCCGACACAACGGAGUGUGAGCCGUGCGUGCUGAAGUUUCGAACCACGGGCGUGCAGAACCGACGGUGCAAACACUUUUCUUUACCAGCUUACGGUGUGUGCGCGGCGCCGCUUCUGUCUGGUCGGAUUCCGGUCGGUUUUCCGUUUUCGUUUUUCCGUUCCGCUUUUCUUUCCCUCCCCUUCUUCACAAGCGCACGCACACACGCACCCACGCGCCAUCCGGUUUUCUUUUUUUUUUUGCCGGAGCAUCCCUUGAUAGGUGUUUCAGCGCGGACAGGCCAGGCGGGCAAUUAGCCGCGCGUCAUCGUUCCACCCCACCGUACUGCCCGAGCGGUGUCCCAGUGUGCAAUCGAUCAACGGUAAAGUGUGUGUGUGUGCGUUGGAUCUAGUGAACGGCAACCAUCAGACGACCGCCGGAGAACGACCGAGGCACCGAGUAGCGCUAGAUGGCCGAACCCGUCAAGCUGUCCCAUCGUACCCGUAAACGCGUCCGGGAAGUUAAGCGGAAAGCAAGACCUGAAUUGUCAGACCGAUCAGCAUGGGUGCAGCUGGGCUACCAUCAAACGUUCGAGACGUUCAGCAAGUUCGAGGACAACGUGGAGCGCAUCCACGUGGACAAGGUGAGCGCGCGGGAGUUCAUCGAGCGGUUCGAGCGCAUCUACCAGCCGGUCGUGAUCGAGGGCAUGCAGGACGGGUGGCGGGCCGGCCACAAGUGGACGCUCGAGCGGCUGGCCAAGAAGUACCGGAACCAGAAGUUCAAGUGCGGCGAAGACAACGACGGCUACAGCGUCAAGAUGAAGAUGAAGUACUACGUCGAGUACAUGCGCACCACCACGGACGACAGCCCGCUCUACAUAUUCGACAGCAGUUUCGGUGAGCACCACAGACGCCGGAAGCUGCUGGAGGACUACGAGGUGCCGCUCUACUUCCGGGACGACCUGUUCAAGCAUGCGGGCGAGGUGCGCCGGCCACCGUACCGCUGGUUCGUGAUGGGUCCGGCCCGGUCCGGCACCGGCAUACAUAUCGAUCCGCUCGGCACCAGCGCCUGGAACGCGCUGGUGCACGGCCACAAGCGCUGGUGCCUGUUUCCGACCCACACGCCCAAGGAGCUGCUCAAAGUGACCGGUUCGAUCGGGGGCAAGCAGCGGGACGAAGCCAUCACCUGGUUCAGCCUGAUCUAUCCGCGCACCAAGCAGCCGGACUGGCCGGCCGACUGCAAACCGCUGGAAAUUUUGCAAAAACCGGGCGAAACCGUGUUCGUCCCGGGCGGCUGGUGGCACGUGGUGCUCAACCUGGACGAUACCGUCGCGGUGACGCAAAACUUCUGCAGCCGCACCAACUUCCCGGUGGUGUGGCACAAAACCGUGCGCGGCCGGCCGAAGCUGUCCAGCAAGUGGCUGAAGGUGCUGCAGGCGGUCGAGCCGGACCUGGCCAAGAUCGCGUCCGAGACGGACCUCGGCCAGAGCACGGGCGUCGCGUCGGACAGCUCGAGCAACUCCAGCUCCUCGUCUUCCAGCUCGAGCAGCUACGACGACAGCGACAGCGAAUCGAACACGGACAGCGGGCAGGAGUCGCUCUCGGCGCACAAGUCGAAGAAGCACAAAAAAUCCAACAACAUCACCACCACGGCCAGCGAUGGCACCGGUGACCGCAGCAGCAGCAGCGUUAGUGCGGGAGCAGGCGGCGUUACCGUUGGCAAGCCGAACGGCGGCGUCAGUCCCGCACUGGACGAUGGCUUUCCCCUUUAACGCUCCAAACGCGGGCGUGUCGGCUUCCCGCCCGGGCCGCCUUCGUGCUUUUCUUUACCAUUGGUUACCGGUUAUGGCACCCGGCAGCGUGCGCUGAAACCGUCGUUUUCCACGGACAAUCGGUCGAACCAGUAUCUCAGCGAAAAGUUAAGCGGAAGGGCGAAAGACAGUAGAGGUUGGAGUAGAUGCUUGAUGUGGCAGUUUUACGUUUUUUAUCAUCCUAAUGAAAGGGACAAGCGAAUGAAAGUAUUACCAAAAUAACAUCAUACGCACCGCACCCCCCCGUACCCCAGUCAUGUGUGUGUGUGUGUCUGUGCGUGUACACAUCUCUUUAUCUCUUCCCCGUUCGGUUCAUCGCUCAACGGUUAUUUAUGCUACGCGCUGUACUGUUGUGGCAGAUGCACACACACACACACACACACACACAAACGGAGAGGUAUUGGCUGGUAGAGAAAUGUAGAAUAACUAAUUCAAUUAUAGACUUAAAGAAAUUGCUGGCUUUGCCCACGUUUCAUGAAAGGCAGUUUGUAUGGGAUGUGAUGUAGGAAAAAAAGGGGGGAGGUAAACAUUGAUCAGGGAAAAGCAGGAGGAGAAACCCCCCCAUCACCGUCUCCUCACCAGCAGCAUACGAGAGACGUGUGUAUCAGAGCAGGGGGGGAGGGGUAGGCCUGCGGAAGAAACACGCUUCCGUAGCGCGAGUAAAAGUAAUCAGCGGUUUUGUGCCUUUUCUAACCGAACACAAAAAAAGAAGGGAUAUAAAUACGCAAACAGACAAAACACACCCACGUGGAACAAAAAAGCAAAAGAGAAGCAAAUUACCAUUGUACGGUAUAUUAGGCGCGGGGGUGUGGGUGGCCAGCGAGUGGGGUGUAUGUGUGUGCGCGUGUGUCGAUGUGCGCUCUUUUAAGAUUAAGUAGCCAAUAUAGUAGAUAACCCCUGGCGCUGUGUAUUAGGGAAAGCAAAGCGGGGUCGGCCAUGUCGACCAUCAAACACACUCACACUCACACGCACGUGCGCACAGCCCCACCUACAACCGAACACGCAACCAAAACAAUCCUCACGGUGCAGCAAAAGCGUGAGAAGGAUCCAAGCCUGGGCGCGCUUUGCUGUGAAACGGGAAGCAAUGUGCGAGAUGCUUUACAUUUGAAUUCUAAGUUUCAUGCUCGUUGAAUUCGUCGUUUGCAGUAGAGAGAGAGAGAGACAAAAACUCGUCAAGCGAAGGGAGAGAGGGAGAGCAGGGUGGUAAGAGAUUAAACUUCGCCCAACAGGAAACAAAACAAUAUAAUAGAAUUAACUAAAGGAGUAGAAUAACUGGGGUAGGAUCGUUUUUGCAUAAGGAAUGUGAAUUCAGGCAGCUAACUCUCCUCCCCCCGCUUACGCUCAGCUUCCUCCUUAGGGUGCGACCCACGCAAAACAAUCACACACACACAGCGAUAUGGGGGUGCGCAGGAUAAAACUGACCAAGCUAUACGAAUAUAGUGUUAACAAGCCACACCUGAUGCAAAACCAUACUGCUGGCAAUAACGGGAGGAAAUAGGAAUCAUUAGCAGGCGGCACUCACCACAGUAGAGACAAGGUAAUAACAACCGUGCAGGCAAGCCGUGUGCGUUUAAUGUCCUAGCAAUUCUGGCAGCCAAAAGUGGGUGCUGCUGGCCACCCACACCCCCCCCCUCCCCCUCCCAAUCAAUCUUCUCAAGUAUGAUGAGCAAUGAAAGCGAUAGCAAAAGCGAAGAACAGAUAGCAACACGGUACAUAAUUCCUGCAACUCUCUAGUUAGGAAGGAUUACAAAGUGAAAUAGGAAAAUCAAAUCAAUGAACUUUAUGAAUUACACACCUGGAAAAAAAAUGGAAAUGAACUACCGCGCAAAGCAAAAGGCGCAGCUGAAUUA